AGAAUUUUCUCGCUGGGCACUGGGAGAGAGCGAUUUGAGCCUUGAGCUGGCGCGUUAGUCGUGAACUUGUGGACCGGUCGCAUCCAAAGGCAGAGAGGGAGUUUCGCAGGUUCGUGUAGAUUGCUGACGAAAAUGGAAAAUGAAUUGAAGGAGUCGCAGACGCGGGAUUGGUUCCCGCCACAAGGCGAGUACAGAACAGGGUUGCGCGUGUACAACAGCUUGACAAGGAAGAAAGACGAGUUCGUCCCGACGAAGGGGAAGCAGGUGAAGUGGUACGUGUGCGGCCCGACCGUGUACGAUUCGGCGCACUUGGGCCACGCGAGAACCUACUUGGGGCUCGACAUCAUUAGGAGAAUUUUAGAAGGAUAUUUCGGGUACGACAUGCAGGUGUGUAUGAACAUUACGGACGUAGACGACAAGAUCAUUGCGAAGAGUCGGCGAGUGUACCUGUACGAGCAGUACGAGAGAGAGGGAAAGCGGGAUGGAGAUGCAGAGCUGCUGCUCGAGGCGAUGAGAGGUAGAAUAGAGGAGCUGAAGAAGCAGUGCGAGAGGUGCAAGGAGGACGUGAAGAGUGGCAGGCGAAACGAGAAGGAGGCGAAGCCGGAGUGGGAGUUCUACGAGGGGAGGCUGAAAAAGGUGAUGGAGCUUGAAGAGAGACUGAUAGAAACGAAGAAAAUGGGGGCGGAGGCAGCUGAGGCGACGGACGGUUUGAGAAAAGAGGGACAAGACGUGCUGAGUGAACACCUCGACAAGUUGUACGGGCAGACGAUAUCUCACGUAAAGAUGAAGGAGAUUACGAGCAGGCACGCGAAGAAGUAUGAGAGAGAGUUUAUGAGAGACAUGGAGUCGUUAGGCGUGAAAAGACCAGACGUUUUAACUCGCGUUUCUGAAUACAUGGAUGAAAUUAUAGAAAUGUGUUUGCGAUUGAUAGAAAAGGGUUUUGCAUAUGAGAGCGGAGGAAGCGUGUAUUUCGACAUUGCGGCUUACGAGUCGUCUCCGAGCCAUGUGUAUGCGAAGUUGAUGCCGAGCGCGGUGGGAAAUGACAGGUUGCUGGAGGAGGGAGAAGGGAUGCUGGGAUCGACCGGGAAAAAGAAGUCGACCAGGGAUUUUGCUUUGUGGAAGAAGGCGAAGCCGGGCGAGCCUGGCUGGGAAAGUCCGUGGGGUCUGGGUCGUCCGGGGUGGCACAUAGAAUGCUCCGCCAUGGCCAGCAAAAUUUUAGGAGGUGUUUUGGACAUUCAUGCGGGAGGAGUGGAUCUGAUGUUUCCUCAUCAUGACAACGAGCUGGCUCAGAGCGAGGCCUAUCACGGUCACGGGCAGUGGGUAAACUACUUUUUGCAUGCUGGGCACCUUCAUAUUGACAACUUGAAGAUGAGCAAGUCCUUGAAGAACUUCAUUACGAUAGAGGAGGUCUUAUCGCAAUAUCCGGCAAGGCAGCUCCGAAUGCUGUUUUUGAUACAGCCAUGGGAUCAUCCGAUGAAUUACCAAAGAGAUGAUCCAAUGCGAGAGGUCAGGACGAUCGAGAAGACGUUGAGGGAAUUUUUCAUGAAAGUUGAAGCCGUGGUAGAUGUAUGGGACUCGAACGAAGUGCAGCAAACAUUGAACGACGAACCGGAGAAGGCUGGAAUUCCGGAAUUCUGGACAUCCCGCGAUUGGGAACUUAAUCAAGCGAUUUUAACUGCUCAAGAACUCGUUCACGCGUCUCUCUGCAACAACUUUGAUACGCCGUCCGUUCUCCGUCACCUGCUGCAUCUCAUCAGUCAAUGCAAUAUCUACCUGGAACAAAACGCUCAAAAGAAGGCCCUUUUGCUGACCAAGGCGGCGUCCUACGUCGUUCGUAUUUUCUCUGUUCUUGGGAUUGCGUUGGACCCGGGGAGUCUUGGUCGGGAGUCUGAACCUCAGCAACACGUCAUCUCAAAGAAGCAACAGGAAUCGAUUGCUCGCCCCUAUGUCGCCGCACUGGUCCAAUUCCGAAAAAAAAUUCGAAGUUUCGUUUUCGACCCUUCCUUCUCGUCCGUGGAUCACGCUGCUCUGCGACGCAGCCUUCUCUCCAUAACGGAUGAGCUGCGCGACACCGUCAUGCCGGAACUCAACGUAGAAAUCGUCGACGACAAGGACUUUGACUUUUUUUUUGUGAGCAAGGAACAAGCACAAAAUGAGCGUCAGUUAAAACAGCUCGAAUCGCAAUGUCUCAAGCUUUCUUCGCAGCUGUCCAAGCAGAAAAAGGAACUGGAAAAGCUCACCGAAAUUUCCAAGCCGCUUUCCGAAUGGUUCCAAGAGAAAUAUGGCCUGGCCAUCGAAGAGCAAGGCAGCACAUACAAAUUACUUCAACCAGAGCUCGUCGACAAACUUUCUAAGAGCAAAAAAAAAGAAAUGGACAAACUCGCCAAAAAGCACCAAGAAGCACAUCAACGCUACUUAGAAAAAUCGAGCGUAGAAGGGGAUUUGCUGCAGAACCUUAGAGACUCGGUAGAAGCGCUCACUAAGCAACUAAACGACAUCAGCACAAAAAAAGCACUUUGAACCAAGAACUGAAGGUUAUUGCAACGCGCUGCCGGUGUCCUGUACUCAGUCAAAUACACGACGCACUUGGUUACAUUGCAUAAUAGCUAAUUCGGCACCCAUUUGAACACCAUCAACAUCUCAUCGCGCAAAUGAUCAAUUGGCAUUCAGCUAUAGAAUGAAAAUGACAUCAUGUCGCGGAAACAAAAAAAUUGUCAAAAAAACUGACUAAUGGACCAACACCACUCCGCGUGCCUCUAAA